AUGAAAAAUCGGGUGGCACUCAUCCAGGAGCUCACUCAGCAGGCUCAUUGGAGAUUGGUACCGGGCAAGGAGAAUCCUGCAGACUGUGCAUCUCGAGGUCUAUCAGCGCACCAACUGGUAUCUCAUAAGCUCUGGUGGAAAGGGCCACCAUGGCUUCAUCAAGACUGCUCAUCAUGGCCAACUCACGCUCUGGAAAAAGACCUCAGCGCAGACCUCGAGGAAAAGCCAGGAGUUCUCCUACAUGUAAAAGCUCAUCCAAUCGCGCUCUGGAAUCUCGUCGACAGAUUCUCAUCGUUCAACCGACUGCUCAGGGUCACAGCAAUCUGUCGACGAUUCAUAGCUCGGCUCAGGAAAACCNAAUUCUCAUCGUUCAACCGACUACUCAGGGUCACAGCAAUCUGUCGACGAUUCAUAGCUCGGCUCAGGAAAACCCCCAACUCUUCUCUUCGAUACCCGCUCACUCUUGGUGAUCUUGAAGAGGCUCGCAUCCUCUGGAUCAAACUCACGCAGGCAGCUCACUUCAAGGAUCAACUCAGAGCGAUCUCACGAGGGGAAAGGUUCAGCAAAUCCCACCCCCUCACCAAGCUCACACCCUUCAUCGAUCGCCAAGGGCUACUCAUCGGACAGGCUCAUCUAAGGCCACUCCACGGAGGCACACAGCUCACCCUCAGGCAGCUCAGAAGUAGCUACUGGAUACUCGGAGGUCGAGCACCAGUACGCUCCUUCAUCCUCAAGUGCGUUAACUGCACUCGCCAACGUGGAGUACGCGCUCAACAGCUCAUGGGCCAGUUGCCACCAGCCAGACUCACUCCCGCUCGAGCCUUUCUCAACACUGGGAUCGACUAUGCCGGCCCAGUGUCUCUACGGUCCUGGAAAGGGCGGGGACACAAGUCGUACAAAGGCUGGUUGGCUAUCUUUGUCUGCAUGACCACCUCAGCGGUCCAUCUCGAGGUCGUGUCAGACUACUCAGCCGAGGGGUUCAUCGCGGCGUAUAGACGCUUUUCAAGUCGGCGUGGGAUCGCUCAUUCCUUGUUCAGUGACUGUGGGACCAAUUUCCUUGGCGCUGACAAGGAACUAAAGAAGCUCUUCUCGUCAGGAUCAGCUCAAUCAAGACAGCUCGCACAGCUCCUCAUCAAUGAUGGGACUCAGUGGUCCUUCAAUCCUCCAGUGCUCAACUCACGACCACUGGAACCGCUCACGGAUGAUCCUGAUGACUGUUCAGCCUUGACACCAUGGCAUUUUCUCAUCGGUCAGGCUCCCACGACUCUUCCAGAGCCAUCUUUAGAGCAACUCAACGUCUCAAGGCUCUCUAGAUGGCAGCUCAUUCAGCAGAAGCUUCAAGGAUUCUGGAAGAGGUGGUCCACGGGAUAUCUCCAACGUCUUCAAGCGAUAUCCAAGUGGCACCAUCCGACUCAUCAGAUACGGAUCGGCUCACUGGUUCUACUCACGGACGAGAGAUUCCCGCCAGCGAAGUGGCCUCUCGCCCGAGUGACCGCUCUGCACCCAGGAUCGGACGGACUCACCAGGGUAGUCACCAUCAGGACUGCUCAGACGACGCUGACAAGGCCAAUCGCCAAGCUCGUCCUCUUGCCCAUCUCACCUUCAGGGGAANGUGGUUCUACUCACGGACGAGAGAUUCCCGGCAGCGAAGUGGCCUCUCGCCCGAGUGACCGCUCUGCACCCAGGAUCGGACGGACUCACCAGGGUAGUCACCAUCAGGACUGCUCAGACGACGCUGACAAGGCCAAUCGCCAAGCUCGUCCUCUUGCCCAUCUCACCUUCAGGGGAAUAGAACCAGGACAGCUCACCGGCUUCUCACCGUUGGACUUCGUCAACUUCGACGGAUUUACGACCCUGACCAACCGACGGGGUUCAACGUGA